CUUGGACAGCCUGGGGGGUAAGCAUGUCUCGAAUAUAAGGAUGCAAAGGCGCCUCGACAUUUGAACUUCAUCGCUACAGUUCAGUACCUUCACUUUCCACCUUCAUUCAUUCAUUCACAGUCCGCUAGCCGGCUCCACAUUCUUUUCAGAAUUCACCAUCGUUUGUAACGACAGUCUUAUCAACUCUCUCCAACACUUUUUCGAAGAACCCAAACAACUCCAUCAACAUGCUUUCCAAGAUCGCUACCGUCGCCGCCUUCGCCGCUGGCGCCCUUGCCCACGGCACUGUCAACGGUGUCACCAUCGAUGGCAAGUUCGAGCAGGGCUGGAUCGGCGACUACUACUACCAGUCCACCCAGGGUCAGGCCACCGCUGACCACAUCGGUUGGUACGCCGAGAACCUCGACAACGGUUUCGUCGAGCCGAACUCUUUCGGCAACGCCGACAUCAUCUGCCACAAGGCCGGUUCCCCCAAGCUCUCUUCCGAUUCCAUGGCAUCCGUUGCUGCUGGUGGCACAGUCGAGUUCCACUGGUCCACCUGGCCCGAGUCCCACGUCGGUCCCGUCAUCACCUAUGUUGCUCCCUACACCGGUGACGUCGCGUCUGUCGACAAGACCACCCUCAAGUGGACCAAGAUCCAGGCCAACGGCUACGAGAACGGCGAGUGGGCUGCCGUCAAGAUGAUUGGUCAGAACAACACAUGGCCCGUCACUGUCCCCGAGACUCUUGCCGCUGGCAAGUACGUCUUCCGCCACGAGAUCAUCGCUCUGCACGGUGCUGGCUCCGUCAACGGCGCUCAGAAUUAUCCUCAGUGCCUUAACAUAGAGGUCACCGGAUCCGGUACUGAGACCCCCGAGGGUGUUAUUGGCACCAAGCUGUACACCGCCGAGGAGGAUGGCAUUGUAUUCAACCCCUACGCCGCUACCCUCACGUACAACAUCCCCGGCCCUGCUCUGUGGACUGGCGGCUCCGGUUCCGGCUCUGCCCCUGCCCCGGUUCCCUCCUCCGGUGCUGGCAACGGCACCACCCCUGCCACCCCCACUGCCCCUGCUGAGACCUCCGCCGCUGCCUCCGCCCCCGCUGCCACCUCUGUCGGUGUCGAGGCCACCCCCACUGCCAGCGCCACCGCUGCCCCCUCUACCGGCGGUGAGCUCCCCAAGACCUUCACCCUCGAGACCUUCAUUGCUUGGCUCGAGGAGGCUGCUGGCUCUUCCGCUGGCAGUGCUAAGGCUCGCCGUCACGCCCGCUCUCUCCUUUUCUAGAUGUCUGCUUUAGAUGUCUAGCCAGCCGGACAUGAUUGAUGUUUCUUCGAAAUUCCUUUUUUGAGAGUGGAUUGUAUCGUUGCACGAUGGCCACAUCUUCACUUCCUUGUGUAUAAAUCUUGCACCCUAUUGUAGCAUAGCGCCUUUGGGGACUAGAAUUGGUUCUGCGGCAAAUUCAAGCUGCG